UUGUUUGCAAGGCAAGUUCUUUCUUUGAAGUAAGAGGUGAUGCAGUGAUGGAUCGGAGGCGGCCCGUAAAGCGGGUGCGACCUGACGAGUUUUUCUUUGACGGAGGAGAGUCCAACAACACAGGGUCUUUCUUGAAGAAGUAGUCGCAUAGUUCCGAAGUUGAGGCUCGUUAUGAUCGGUAUGAUCAUGAGACAUGAACCCUCCAACGCAAGUUGAUAACUGAGUGAGGUACCAAGAGCAGACUCGUGCCUGAAGAUCCUUUUGAACUGAAUGGCUCGCUGGACAGAUGCGAGGUCAAGAGCGUUAUGAUUGAAUGACCCAUAACCAGAAACCAUCCUUUUUGUUUCUAUUUUUAAGUUUUUAAUCAGUUAUAUGUUAGAAACUAACCGUUACUAAUAUACUUCACCGGACAUUUCCUGCCUGGACAUAUCCGAAGCCCGCGCAUACAUCCCCAUGCCAUCCCAUGCUAAACCUAUCAUUUUCCUUCAUCUGCUUAGUUUCCCUCUGCACCAUCUGGCUGCAACCGAUUGCAACAUCUACUCGAUCGAGACAAGAAUGGCGCACUGAUGACAACAACUACGGACGCUUGAGCCCAACGAGGCUAUGCGCCCUAACCCAACAAGUACAAGUAAGUGAUUGAUAGUAAAGGGGCCGAGCUGUAUUAUAUCAAUAAAGGAUAGAACAGACUUGGAGGCAACAGUAGCUAUGGACAAGCUAAAACGAGCUCUGACAGGUCGAGAAAAUGACCCAGAGGACGAGGAAGCAGGGUUCUACACUCAGGUUGUAGGCUCAACCACCUUGAGUUGGAGCACUCGCCUUAGAGGAUUUAUCAUCUGUUUUGUCACCGGAAUCAUUUGCUCCAUUCUGGGAUCAGUUUUGUUUUGGUUCAAAAAUGGCAUUGUCAUAUUCUGCAUCUUGUACACCAUCGGAAACAUUACAGCAAUGAGCAGCACACUGUUCCUGAUGGGUCCCGUGAAGCAGCUGAAGAACAUGUUUGCGAAGACGCGCGCCAUCGCCACCGUGGUCGUGCUGCUGUCCAUCGUGCUCACCAUCGUCGCCGCGGCGCUGCACAAGAAAGGCCUGGUACUGAUAUUCUGCAUCAUCGAGUUCGUGGCGAUGACGUGGUACUCGAUCUCCUACAUUCCGUUCGCUCGCGACGCCGUCAUCAACACAUUCAAGUCCUGCAUCGGCUGAAAUCGGACCACCACUCUCCGUCCUUGCGUGGCGACGACAAGAAGUCGGUGCGAUGCCAGGCUCCGUCAGAGGCUCUGGAUCUGUGGUGUGGAGUCACUGUUGAGUGUUAAUUGCAAACCGGUCGAAUGCGACCGUGGUUUUGUACGACGCAGGCUCUUGAUCUGUCUUCCAUUGUGAUUUAAGACACGAGGUAUCGGAAUGUUGUGAGAUGCUUACGGAGAUGAGGCGUUGGGGUAAAUGAUUAAACUGGUUAAAGCGUGGAGCGGCGUUGGCCAAUCACCGUUCUACCGUUGUUGGAACAUGCACAUCUACAUCGUUGUUUGCUCGUGGUUCAAUUUUGUCAUCGCCGAAGGGCAUUUUUAUGGUAUGUAGCUUCGUGUCAAAUUGCAGGUGAAUGUUGUCCUACCUCUCAAAUGCUUUUCGAUUUGCUUGAGAACGGGGUUUCGUAUAAAUCCUGCCGUCCGAUAGCCGCAGAAUGUUUUGUUAACGCCUGUCCCCUGUAUCGAUGUAACUUUCAGUUAAAUAAGUAAUCAAAUCAAACUGCCUGUAUAUUAUAACCCUCGAUUGGUGACCUGACCUUUGGUCUUCUACAUGUUGUCGCGAUACCAUUGUUUAGUGUUUGAUGUGCGCUGUUCCACGUGUGUCAUCUCCUCGUGUGACUAUCACUUACGCACAUUGUAACAGGUGUUUACUUUGAAUGCAAAUAAUAUAUCUUAUGCGAUGUGAA